AUGCUGGGGGCCCGCGUCACCCUCUUCUGGCUGCGGCCACUGCCAAGUCUUCGGCUACUGCCAUUUCUGCUGCCUCUGUUCGUGCUAUUCCACCAGACGUGUCCGCAGGGCAACCUCGGGCCACUGCAAUGCUACGGAGUUGAACCCAGGGGCGACUUGAACUGCUCGUGGGAGCCUCUUGGGGAUCUGGGAGCACCCUCCACGCUGCACCUCCAGAGCCUGAAGUACCACUCCAACAAAACUCACACUGUGGCAGUGCCUGCUGGGCAGAGCUGGGUGGCCAUUCCUCGGCAGCAGUUCACCGUGUUUGACAAACUCCUUGUCUGGGGGACCAAAGCAGGCCAGCCUCUCUGGCCCCCCACCUUCGUGAACCUGGAAUCCCGAAUGAAGCCAAAUGCUCCCCAGGUGGGCCCUGAUGUGGACUUUUCAGAGGAUGAACCCCUAGAGGCCAGUAUCCAGUGGACUCCACCUACAUGGCCGUCUCAUAAAGUCCUGAUCUGCCAAUUCUACUACCGAAGAUGCCAGGAGGUGACCUGGACCCUGCUGGAAUCAGAACUUACGACCAUCCCCCUGGCUCCUAUUGAGAUCCAGGAUUUGGAGCUAGGCACAGGCUAUGAGGUAUAUGGCCGCUGCCGAAUGGAGAAAGAAGAGGAUUUGUGGGGUGAGCAGAGCCCCAUUGCAUUCUUCCAGACACUGCCUUCUGCUCCAAAAGAUGUGUGGGUAUUGGGGAACCUCUGUGGCAUGUCAGGAGGACAGGAACCUCUGCUCCUUUGGAAGGGCCCAGGGUCCUGUGUGCAGGUGAGGUACCGAGUCUGGUUUGGGGUUGGAGAGCAGGAGCUGGGUCCAGAAGAGAUUGUCCCCUGCUGCAACUUCUCCAUCCCCACUUGGGCAGAAUGGGCCAAGGUGUCUGUCAUCAAUGCCACAAGCUGGGAUCCUCUCACCAACCUUUCUUUGGUCUGUUUGGCUCCAGGCUCUGGCCCCCAUGGUGUGGAGGUCAGUGGCAUCACUGGGGGCACAGAGCUGCUGGUGACCUGGCAACAGGGCCCUGGGGAGCCACAGGAACAUGUGGUAGACUGGGCUCGGGAUGGCGAGGAGGAAUUCAACUGGAUCCGGCUUCCCCCUGGCAACCUCAGUGUUCUGUUACCAGGGAAUUUUGAAGAAGGAGUCCCCUAUCGAAUCACAGUGACUGCAGUCUCUGCUUCAGGCUUGGCCCCGGCACCUCAUGUCUGGGGGUUCAGAGAGGAACUAGUACCCAUAGCGGGGCCAGUGCUCUGGCGACUCCAAGAUGCCCCCCCAGGAACUCCCACCAUAGCGUGGAGAGAAGUCCCUAGGCGGCAACUCCGGGGCCACCUUACCCACUAUACCUUGUGUGCACAGAGUGGAACCAGGCCCUCCGUUUGCAUGAAUGUGAGUGGCAACACCCAGAAUGUCACACUGCCUGACCUUCACUGGGGCCCCUGUGAGCUGUGGGUAAUGGCAUCCACCAUCGCGGGACAGGGUCCACCUGGUCCCAGCCUCUGGCUUCACCUACCAGAUAAUACCUUGAGAUGGAAAGUUCUGCCAGGCGUCCUGUUCCUUUGGGGCUUGCUUCUGAUGGGCUGUGGGCUCAGCCUAGCCACCCUGGGAAGGUGCCUCCACCUGUGGCACAAGGUACUGCCUCACUGGGUCUGGGAUAAGGUUCCUGAUCCUGCCCACAGCAAUUCUGGCCAGCCUCAUAUGGAGGAGGUGCCCCAAGCCCAGUCCCUUAGGGACUUCCCCAUCCUGGAAGUGGAGGUGAUGGAGCCACUGCCGGUUUUGGAGUCCCCCCAGGCCUCUACCCUGCUUGACUAUGGUUAUGAGAAACACUUCCUGCCCACACCUGAGGAGCUGGGCCUUCUGGAGACCCCCAGGGCCUAGGUUCCAGCCUGAACCUUACCUCAGAGUCUGGGAGGUACAAGCCAGGC